AUGGGAUCGGGGGGCUUCAGUCGAAAUGGCAGCGGACAGCAGUUGGCCCAAACUGCUUUUGUGGCUCACAGCACUGGUCGUGCUUAUCAACGCAGAGACGUUUUGGUAUUAGAAACCUAGUGAGUCCACGCCCAGCGUUGAUGAGGAGUAUGAUGGCAGCACCAGUCCGGGUCCGCCGCUAGAAGAGACCACCAAUCGCAUGGCAGCCCGCGUGGAUCAGGCGGUCGAUGGUGGUGGUGGUGGUCAGGAGCAGUAUAAUGAGAUCGAUGUGAUGGCCUCCAAGUCCAAGAGUGGCCAAACCACAAGGAUCGUCACCAACGGCGACGUGGACGAGAAGUUCUGGCUGACGCACCUGGGCGAGGAUUUCAAGCAUGCCAUCCAUCUGCAGGUGGGCGGCACCAACGAGGAAUACAAUCGCCUGAUCAACCGGACCCAGAACGGUGUCCAUGAAGAGGUGCAUCAUGAGUACUUGCCGGGUGCCGAGAGGCCUGGCAGUGUGGCUCCUUCACCUCCACCUCCAGCUCCACCUCCAGCCCGCCAAUCUGGUUCAGCUUAUCGCCAUGGUUUCGACAAUCGAGCCAUGGCCAUGAAGCAGCAAUAUCUUAUACAUCAGCAGAGCCAGCAGUCACAUCCUUCACAGCAGCGAUUUAACUAUGCCCAACAACACACACAACACUAUGCACAACCUCCGACACAACGACAGUAUCAACAACAACAACACACCCAUCAAUAUCCACAUCAACAAACAGCACACAGAAACAUGUACCCAAAACCACAGAGCUACGACAAUCCACGGAGCUACAUCAUCAACUCUAGCGAGGAUCAGCUGCACGCCGCCCAAUCAAAUCCGGCGCCAGUGCGAUAUUCUGGAGGAGAUCGAUCCAAUCCCGAGGAGGAGGGUGACUCCCUUGACUCGCAGCUCAACUUCAAGUCGCCUUUCAACGACUACGGCAGUCGACCCACGCGAGAUCUCACCUAUUUACUCUACAAACGGGGUCUCUAAAAGGUAGAACCCCACUAUUCUAAACAUAAGACUUGCGGUCCCCAGUCCAUUGAGUUCUAUAAAUGGGGCUGAGCCACACACAACACACACUCCACACACACACACACAAACACACACACACACAAACACACACACACAAACACACACACAACACAAACCACACAAACACUGAGAUUUAAGGAAUAACUAUAACAAAUAAAAGGAAACAAAUAGAUCAAAGUGGUUGUGUUUGGAUUUAAAUACGAUACGAUCAAUCGAUCUUAUCCAAAAAAAAAAGCAGAAAACAUGUUCAGUGACUAGUGACUCAAUAUUAUAAUUAAUUACUCAAAAGUUUUAAAUAACUGUUAUUUUUAAAGCCAUUCAACAAUUCUGCAGAUAUCUUUAAAUAUUACCA